UUUCUGAUAUACGUACGCAGUUUUCAAUAUAAAAAGAGAAGAGAGUGAGAGAGAGAAUAAAAAGAGUGUUUUAGUGUAACGUAUGGUGUUGUGAUUUUUAUCAUGUUCGAAAAUUUUCUCUUGUGAGUUGAUUUUUUUUUCUUAAAAAUGUGGAACUAUUGGAAGACUAUUUUUGCUCUCUGCUUUCUGCAAGGAAUUAAUUCGAAAUAUUCUAUUUUUUCUGAUCCACUACUUUUAUCACGUACGUUUAAAACAGACAAUUCCACUGUUUACGAAUAUAGGACAGAAUAUUUCGAAGUGCCAUUGGACCACUUCAGUUUCGCAGUGAAUCAUACAUUCAAAUUAAGAUAUCUUAUUAAUGACACUUGGCACCAAGGGAAGGAUGCGCCGAUUUUCUUUUACACCGGAAAUGAAGGUUUCAUCGAGGUUUUCGCUCAAAAUACCGGUUUUAUGUGGGACAUAGCAACUGAUUUCGAUGCUCUACUGGUAUUUGCAGAACAUCGUUACUAUGGAAAAUCGAGACCAUUUGAGAACGAAACUUAUUAUUCGGAUCCAAAAUACAUGGGUUAUUUGAAUUCAGAACAAGCUUUGGCAGACUUUGUGGAAUUGAUUUCGUAUUUAAAAACAAAACCCAAUAUGAAGAAUAGUCCAGUUAUUGUUUUUGGAGGAUCAUAUGGUGGUAUGCUUAGUGCAUGGCUUCGGAUGAAGUAUCCCCAUGUGGUGCAAGGGGCGAUUGCAUCCUCGGCACCAAUUUUACAAUUCACUGGACACACAGAUUGUGCAGAAUUUGCAAAAAUUGUUACUUCAGAUUUUCGUCGAGCCAAUCCUACGUGUCCGACUCUCAUUAAACAAUCUUGGGCUACACUAACAAACAUAACAUCCACAGAUGAAGGAUUGAAGUGGCUUUCCGAAAAUUGGAACUUCUGUACUCCAUUGGCGAACGCAAAUGCAGUUAACUUUGUAAAACGUUGGCUAGAAUUGAUUUAUGAUUAUUUAGCAAUGGUGGAUUACCCCUACGAGACAAAUUUUUUGACUCCACUGCCUGCGAAUCCAGUGGCAGAAGCAUGUAAACAUCUAGACAACGCGACACUUACUGACAAAGAUUUAUUGCUCUCGGUUUUCAAAGCCAUAAGUGUUUUCACAAAUUACACAGGAGCAACAAAAUGCAAUUCUUUUCUCGAUCCUGCACCACAAUUGGGAGCAACUUACUGGAGUUAUCAGGCAUGCACCGAAAUAAUAAUGCCACUUUGUACCAAUGGCAUUACAGACAUGUUCGAACCAUCCACAUGGGAUGAGGAAAUGUUUUCUAAAUCCUGCUACAAUGCUUAUAAAGUGCGACCACAAUUCAACAGGGCCUGUAAACUUUACGGAUGUUCCGAUCUCUCAGCGGCUUCGAAUAUUGUUUUCAGCAACGGAUUAUUGGACCCAUGGUCCGGAGGUGGAGUCAAGGAAAAUGUCUCAUCGACAGCAGUAGCCUACAUAAUACCAGACGCAGCGCAUCAUUUAGAAUUGAGAAGUGAGAAUCGAAAGGAUUCCCUCAACGUUCGUGAGGCUCGCAAUUUUCAACGAGCCUCUAUCGAUAAAUGGAUUAAACAAUAUCAUGACAUGAUUUCCAAUAAACCUACGCCAUUUUAAUUAUUUUAAUUAUUAAUUAAAUAAUUUUCAAUAUAUACUUAAAGAAUAGAAAAAAGAAACAAGAAAAGAAUAGAAAAAAGAAACUAAGAAACAACGCAAGAGAGAAGAAUCAAAACAAAGAGUUUGCGAGAGAAAAGCGCAAUCAUAUUAAAAUCGUAUCUCAUAAGUCAAUCAGAUAACCACUGACCAAUUAUUAUUCAUUAAAAAAAACAAUAUUUACUUUUAAAAUUCCCUUUCUGGAAAAUAUCCCCUCUCUGAAAAAUAAUUCAUCGCAAGAACACAACUUUUAUUUAAUGAUCAAAAAAAUUGCUUACACGUACUCUGUAUUCUGACUCAGGAUGAUUGGAAAAACUUAUCAAAUAUAUAAUUAAAUAUAAACUAUUCAAGAAGAAAAAAAAACACGGACGAUUAUUGGUAGAAAAAAGAAAUUAAAAAUAAGUAGAAAAAAAAAUGGUAUGCAAGACUUUUUUGUUUUUUAGAAGAAGAAAAAAAAGUAUUGUUUUGAAAAAUAAUUACAAAUAUGCUUAUAAUUUGUUAUUAAUAUUCCAAUACACGUGACUUCGGAAUUUUUACGAGCCGCAGGUAAAAUUUAUAACCAGAUGCUAAAAAUCGCAUAGAAAAUGGCAUAAAAUUACAUAAGAAAAUAACUAUCUUAAUAAAAAUCGUUAAAUCUAUUUUUAUAAUAUUCUUUAUAGUUUAUUAAGACAUAAUAAACUGUAAAUCAUAUUCUUCACACAGGUUAAUAUUUUAAUAUCUGUACACAAAUGUAUACAUAAUAUUCAAUUAUUUUUACGUGUUUUUUUGAAUAAAUAAAUUCUACGAAUAAUCUUUA